AUUUCUCUCCUAAGAGAAAGAGAGGAGGAGAGAGGAAGGGAGAUCGAUGGCGGCUUUGAGAUGGCUUGUUCACUCAGCAUGUCAUGUCUUAGGGUACCCUAACGAAGACAAUAACAUGCAGUCGUCACGUAACAAAGUUGUAGGGUGCCCUAAUGAGCAUGCAAAUGGAGUCAUGAUCAAGAAUUCAAGGCUGGAAAUGAAUCCCUGCACAGGAUUUCAAAUGCCUCUUCAUUACCCUCGUUACACAAAGGCUGACUAUGAGAAGAUGGAGGAGUGGAAGGUGGACAUGUUGCUUAGAGAAUACGGGAUAAGUUUCAAGGGCAAUCUUGAAGAGAAGAGGGCAUAUGCGAUGGGUGCAUUCUUGUGGCCUGAUCAAUACUGAAUAUGA